AUGUCGCUCGACAUGCUGUACAUCAAGUCGAAAUCCGUCAAGCCUUUGAGCCGGAAACACGGGAAGGCGGAGCUGAAGAGGAAAUCGUUCUCAACGAGGGGAGCAUGGAUCCUGUUCGUUUCGCCGAGGGGCCCCUUUUUUUUUGCGGUGGUGGCAGUUGGUGCUUCAGCAUCCUUGUGGCACAACAUGAGGACCAAAGACCUCGUGCGGAUUUCCGUGAUCGCCGUCUUGCACUUGUUGUUUUGCGUCUCACACGUGUGCUCGACAAAGAAAAACAAUGACUUGCUCUUGGGUCCAGCUCCAGCCAAGACCAACGCGACGCUCAUCGGGCUCAAGAAGAAUAACCAGAAGCGAGCCCCGGAAGGUCCCAUAAAGCUCCAAGUCCUGGGCAAGCCCAAAAAGAACCCGAAACCCGGCCCAGAGCCCAAAAAGGACACCGUAUCCAAGCGCCAAGCAGCAGAGGCGGAGAAGACGUCAACGGAACGCGUGUUUCGGGAAUUCUCCGACAUUGACGUGGAUUUAUGA